CCACAUUCCAGUGAACACCCAAGAAUGUCUCGGCCAGCUAACCUAGCCCCACUCCAGGUCAUCUUCAUUUUGUUGUUUUUGUGCUGGGAUGUACUUAGUCGGGCUCUGCCCAUUGCCCCAGAUUAUUUUCAGCGUGGCUGGCAAAGGCUUCUGGAGGAAGGGGAGAGCUGUGUGGAAUGUAGAUUGGAAGACUGUCCCAUCCCACGUGGCUGCCUUGCUGGAGUGGUGCUGGAUGCCUGUGAUUGCUGUUGGGAGUGCGCCAAUCUAGAGGGACAGAUCUGUGACUUGGACAAUACCAACCACUUCUAUGGCAAAUGUGGAGAUCACUUGGAGUGCCGCCUUGAUUCUGGGGAUCUACGGCAUGGAGAGGUGCCUGAACCCCAGUGCGCUUGCCUAUCCAACCAGGCACUCUGUGGCUCUGAUUCCAAGACCUAUGCACAAAUCUGUAAAUUCCAAGAAGUGCGUAACUCCAAGCCAGAGAUUAAUCUCACUGUGGCCCACGAAGGACCCUGUGAAUCAGAGCCCCACAUCAUAUCUCCUCCAUAUGACAUUUGGAACGUCACUGGGCAAGAUGUGAUCUUUGGCUGUGAGGUCUUUGCAUACCCCAUGGCAUCUAUUGAAUGGAGAAAGGAGGGACUGGACAUGCUGCUUCCUGGAGAUGACCCCCACAUUUCAGUUCAGUUUAGGGGAGGCCCUCAGAAAUAUGAGGUGACUAGCUGGCUCCAGAUCCAAGGAGUGAGGAUAACAGACGAAGGAACGUAUUGCUGCUUUGCAAGGAACAACGUUGGGCAAGUGGCAGCCCCUGCCAACCUUAUGGUUCUUACUGCUGAUCAGCUGAACAUGACCAAAAUGGACCUUCCCAAGUUGCCCAAACUUGAACCAGAUGAUUACAUGGAGAGUGAUGAGUCAUAUGACUAUUAUUGAUGGCAUCCAUGGGGAACAAGAGCUGUCAGAGUGCAGUGAUAUUUGCAUCUUUUCUUGCUUGA